AUGAGCGAUUUCGUCACGUGACGCAUCGAUGAGACAUCGCCAGGAUUCCCCGGAAGCAAUAUUUUUAGAAAUUUAUAGUGAAAAUGACAGAAAAAGAAUUUAUUUUCGAUCCACACAAUAAAGUGGAACGCAGUUAUGGAUAUUGUAUGUUCUUUGUUAGUAUAAUAUCAUUUAUACUCACCAAUAUAGUGGUCACCAAAAUUGGACCUCCCAAAAACGUGAAAGGAGACCCGUGGAGAUGGAACAAUUUAUUCAUUUCUUGGAUACAUGCAGCCAUUUGUGGCACAUGGGAUAUACUUUGUUUAUAUUUUUAUCCAGAGAUGUUGGAUGAUCUAGUUCACCAUAUUAAUUACUUCACAUAUCUAAUGAUUGCCUUCUCAACAGGUUACUUUGUGUAUGAUUUCCUAGAUCUGAUGUACAAUGGCAAGCUGAUAGCUAAUUGGGAAGUCACACUUCAUCAUAUAGCAGUAACUUCCAUGUUCUGGUACAACCUGCAUGAGGAGAUGUGUAUAGGUUACAAUGUAGUUGCCAUCAUGGCCGAAAUUAACAGUUUCUUCCUACAUUCCCGCAAGCUUCUACAUUUAUUACAGUACAAAUUUGACAACAAAUUUUAUCGUUUAGUCUGUAUGUUGAACUUGGUGACAUUUUUCGUCUGCCGCGGCUGGUCGCUGUGUCGGAUCUCGUACGGAAUGUACACAGAAUCUCACCGGGUGCCACCAGUCUACUUCCGGUUUUUGUGUUUUUCUAUUUUUGUGAUGAACUCGAUAAAUCCUGUGUUGUUCUGGAGACUUUUAAGAAAUGAUGUGUUAAGAAGACCGUCAACACCGAAGAAAUCAAAGCAGCCAGUUAUAAAUGGAAACAAUAAUCAAAAUGCUCAUUUAAAAUCAAAUUAAUGUUAUAGUACCUAUUGCUGUUUAAUUAAUGGACACUUCUAGUUUUAGAAUUUGCUAUGAAAUAAACUGUUUAACAAAGGUUGCAUUUUAAUAUUUGUAUACAUAUGUACACCGAAAGAUACAAGAAUCAAAUAACUUUAUAUUACAUAUUAUAGCUUGACACUUGGUCAGUAUAUAUUGUUACUGUACUUUUAGAACGUUUGUCUUGAAUGAAAUGUGAAUUUGUGCAUCAUUAUUUUCAAAAUUUUAGAAUAACAGUUUUAUUAAAACAUUUUCACUAAGUCACUAUGAUGGUUUUGAAUAUGAAUAUGAACAUUCAAGUUGUACAUAUGUACUUGGUACUGAAUUGCAAUCUUUCUGUUGUCUAGUUGCUUUUUAGCUAGCAUUAUAAGGGAGACAAUUACAAUUUAGUUUCAUAACCAGUUAUUGUCUCCCCUUAGUGUAUAAGGUACAUGUAUAUACAUAGUUGUUUAAAUAGUGAAUCACAGUGAUUGAAUUCAUAAAGGUUUUGUUUUGGCAUUAUGUUUUAAGAAAAAUGAUAAAUCAUUGUGUUUUACUGAUUAUGAUACAGUUAUCAUAAAAGCUCACAAUAUGAAAAGGUUAUAACAGACUGGGGUAUAAAAGAAAAGUACGGUAAAAGAUUUUGAAUCAUUAUUUUUGCAAACAUAUCCUAUAAUUCUUGAAACGUGAAAGAGUUAUAUGUCCUUGCAUAAUUCAAAAAGUUAAGUAUAUUUUGAUUUGCAUAAUUCAAAAAGUUAAGUAUAUUUUGAUUAUGUCGUGGCAGUCUGUCUCCCUAUCGACAACAUUAACUGUGGCCUGUAGCAGUCGUCAUAUUUAAAAAAAGUAUAUCUCUUAACCAGGGCUUGAUUUAAAUGGAUUGAAAUUUUACCUUGGGAGACUGACAUUAAAGGUCAAAUUUUCCAGAUUGUAUUUUAGUUAAAUCCUGUCAUGAAAUGUUUAUUUCCUGUGCUUUUAUUCUUUGCUUUCUAAUUUCAUUAAUUUAUAUUCUCUUGAUUAUUAUAGUUAGCUAUAUUUAGCUGUGUGAUAUAUCAACAUUGUAAAAUCAUUUACUGUACACAAAAAGUUGUAUUUUAUCUAGAAAUAAUGAUGUUAUAAUUCACUUAUGUCAUUGGUAAUAACCUUUGAACCUUUGGUCUUUGUUUUCUAUAAUAUUUACCAUGACAUAAUGUGUGAACCAUGUGACUAGUUCGGUACUAAUUGAUGACUAAGAUUGAUAUAUGACAGUUAUAAUGUUAUGAUACUCUAUAGAUAGGCAAAAUCACUUGGUUGUGACUGUAAAAAAUAUGACUACAAAUUGUGUUACAUGUAAUUAGAAUUCUAGCAAUUCUUGCCUGUAAAAAAUGAACUUUAAAUUAUUUUUGCAUUCAGUUUUUUUCCCCUUCUUGAUUUAGGUCUCCAAAAAUUCUAAUAUUCUUCAAAAUUUUGUAAAUAAUUUUUGAAAAUUAUAAGUUUUACAUUUGUAGAAUCUCAAUAUUUGCAAUUUUAACAUAAUCAUGCAAUUAAACAUUUUCCAAAAUGGGUUUUACAUAGACCAUUUCCUAAAAGGAUUAAGUAAAAAUACUGGUAUCUGUUAGUAUUUCAUAAAGAUAAGAAUUAACAUUUUAUAUUUAGAUUAGAUUAAGUUAUUUCAACCAUUUUUCAUUCUGUAUAAAUAUUUCAUCCUUCCUCAGUAGUUGUGAAAGUUAGCAGUUUUCAAACUUUGUAAAUUUGGCAUCGUUCAACCUGGCAUCAUACAUUUAUAACAAUGUGUAUAAAUUUGUCGUUCAUAAAACAGUGUAUAAUUUUCAUCUUGGGACAACAUUGCUUUUUUUAGCAUUCAUUUCUAUAUUUAGGAUUCUGUGGCAGUCUGUGUUUACGGUACUUAAUUAGGUAUUUUCCAGCAAUAUUUGUAUAUAUGGCACUUUUUGAAGACAAUUUUUGUAAAUUUGGUAUCCAUUGACCUUCUGAAUUUUGGCAUUAAUUUUUUAACUUGUGUUUAUUUUGCUCUAGUUUCAACUAAAAGUGUAAAUUUGUCAUUGUAUCAUAACCUAUGACUGACAUUCUUUUUACAUUUAGCAUAAAUUCUUGUAAUGCCUCAAAAGGAUUGUUAAACAUUUAUAGUAGUGGUGCAUUACAUAAAUUAUCAAUAGUGUUGACACAUGAUAAGUCAAUGAUAAAUGUGGCAGAAUUGAUGUGAUGUCAUUUAUGUAACUUGCAUACAUGUACAUUAAUUGGCUUAACUGAUUUAUGAUGAAAAAAGGUACUUGUAAGCUAUAAGGAGUGUGAAUAGUACUUAGACAUCUGUUUUGUAUAGUGUGACAAAGUAAAUCUAACAAUAUUAUUGUUUUUAGCUCAACUUUUCAAAGAAUAUGGAGAGUUAUUGUACUCACUCUGGCAUCAGUGUCAUACUUUGGUUAAGUUUUUGCAUUCAAGUUGGUAUCUUCUACC